AUGUGUGAGCCCUGCGAGAAGCUGCCACCUCCCCACAUGUCCAGCAAAAGAGAGACCGUGGGACAAACGCUGCUGCAGAAAGCCCAGCUUGGUGAGCCCAAAAGCUGCUCCACAGCCCGGCAGCAGAGCCCCCCAGCACCCCAGGAGGGGCCCAGUUUGUUUCCGGAUGCCUCAGACCCUGGGGAUGGCAAAAGCGACACGGAAUCCAUGGAAAACAUGAGCCUGGAUGGCUACCGACCUAGUGCUGGUGGUGUGGGGGGCAGGAGGAACUCCCUGGAGAAAGCCGCCCCUCUCAGGGAUGGAAAGCAGGCUGCUGUGCCGGCGGGGCCCGCGGCCUCCAGCCUGACGCUCCCUCUCCGCUCUCGAAACACGCUCUCCGAGAGCACGCUGGGGAGCAUGGUCAGCAUCUACAGCGAGGCCGGCGACUUCGGCAACGUCGCGGUCACCGGGGGAAUCUCCUUCUCCCUGAGCUACGAGCAGAAGACGCAGACCUUGCUCAUCCACGUGAAGGAGUGUCGCCAGCUGGCCUACGGGGACGAGGGCAAGAAGCGCUCCAACCCGUACGUGAAGACCUACCUCCUGCCCGACAAAUCCCGGCAAGGGAAACGCAAGACCACCAUCAAACGCAACACCGUCAACCCCCUGUACAACGAGCUGCUGAAGUACGAGAUUAACAAGUCCCUCCUGCUUGCGAGGACGCUGCAGUUCUCAGUCUGGCACCACGAUCGCUUCGGCCGCAACACGUUCCUGGGGGAGGUGGAGGUCCCGCUGGACGCCUGGGACUUUGAGAGCCACCUGGAUGAGUUUCUCCCCCUGCACGGCAAGAUUGGGGCAGAUGCUGCUGGUCUCCACCAGUACAAGGGGGAGCUGGUUGUCUCCAUGAAGUACAUCCCGUCUUCCAAGCAUCCCGGGGCUGGGAAUAGCAGGAAGGGCAAAGCGGGGGAAGGCGGUGAGCUCCAGGUCUGGAUCAAAGAAGCCAAGAACCUCACGGCUGCUAAAUCAGGAGGCACCUCUGACAGCUUUGUCAAGGGCUACCUCCUGCCACACAAAAACAAAGCCUCCAAGAGGAAGACGCCCGUGGUGAAGAAGACCCUGAACCCUCAUUACAACCACACCUUUGUCUACAACGGCGUCAACCCCGAGGACCUGCAGCACCUCUAGGUGUGGGACCGAGAGCCGCUGUCCAGCAAUGACUUCCUCGGGGGUGUCCGUCUGGGGGUGGGCAACGGCAUGAGCAACGGGCAGGCUGUGGACUGGAUGGACUCCACGGGCGAGGAGCUGAACCUGUGGCAGAAGAUGUGCCAGUACCCGGGCUCGUGGGCGGAGGGGACGCUCCAGCUCCGCUCCACCAUGGCCAAGCUGAGGCCGUAGGCUGCGGCACCGGGACUCAGCGGAGGGCUGGCACUGCUGUGUGAAGCCACGCUCUGGCAGGGCUGCCAGACAGGGGCUGGUGGGGGGUUUUUUUUGCUUAUACUUGAAUAAACAUGAUCUUCUCUAAA